AUGUAUCUCCUGGUUUAUGUUGAUGACAUCAUUCUCAUCGGUUCCUCUGAUGCUGCUGCUGAUCGCCUUGUGACUGCUCUCAGUGAUAACUUUGCUGUCACGGAUUUAGGUGCUCUGCAUUUCUUCCUUGGUCUGGAGGUUUCCCGCUCUUCUGCUGGGCUGACUCUUACUCAGAAGAAGUACUCCCUGGACUUGUUGCGGCGUACUGGAAUGCUUCAGUGCAAACAUGCUGUCACUCCGAUGUCUGACACUGAUCGGUUGUCUGCCCUUGAUGGAGACUCUCUCUCGUCUGAUGAUGCUACUGAGUAUCGCAGUCUUGUUGGUGGUCUGCAAUACCUUACUAUUACCAGGCCUGAUAUCUCUUAUGCAGUCAAUCGUCCUGCACCGUCGUGUGAGCUCUCCGCUUUCUCUGAUGCAGACUGGGAUGGUAGUCCUGAUGACAGGCGAUCCACGGGGGGAUAUGCGGUAUUCCUUGGUUCUAACUUGAUCGCCUGGAAUGCUCGUAAGCAGGCCACAGUCUCUCGCAGUAGUACUGAAGCUGAGUAUAAAGCUGUUGUUGAUGCAACUGCUGAGAUCAUAUGGGCCACAGUUUAG